CCUCCCUCCUUCCUCCAGCUGAAGAACAAGUUCAUGAAGAAGAUUCCUCGUGAUGCCGAAGCUUCAAAUGUCCUGGUGGGUGAGGUGGACUUUCUGGACAAACCCUUCGUGUCCUUCGUCCGUUUGGCUCAGGCUACGACUCUGGGAGGCCUCACUGAGGUCCCUGUGCCCACCAGGUUCCUCUUCAUCCUGCUGGGCCCUCACGGCAAAACCAAGGCUUACAACGAGAUAGGCCGAGCGAUCGCUACGCUAAUGACGGACGAUCUGUUCAGCGAUGUGGCGUACAAAGCCAGGGACCGAGAGGACCUGAUAGCCGGAGUGGACGAGUUUCUGGACGAGGUGAUCGUGCUGCCUCCGGGGGAAUGGGACCCAAAGAUACGCAUCGAGCCUCCUAAGAAGGUUCCCUCGGCGGAGAUGAGGCGAUCGGUGCUGAACCUGAACGAGCUGGGUCAGAUGAACGGCUCGGGGGGGGGGGGGGGGGGGGCGGGGGGGGAAGACGAGGAGUUUCCUGUUCCUCAUGAACUGGGAGAGGAGCUGCAGUUCACCGGGAGGUUUUGUGGGGGCUUGUGGCUGGACAUCAAGAGGAAGAUACCGUGGGUCUGCAGUGAUAUCUACGAUGGUUUCCACAUCCAGUCCAUCUCCGCCGUGCUCUUCAUCUACCUGGGCUGCAUCACCAACGCCAUCACCUUCGGGGGGCUGCUGGGGGACGCCACCGACAACUACCAGGGGGUGAUGGAGAGCUUCAUCGGCACAGCGUUAGCAGGAACCGUGUUUUGUCUCUUCAGCGGACAGCCGCUCAUCAUCCUCAGCUCCACCGGACCCAUCCUCAUCUUCGAGAAACUACUCUACGAGUUCAGCAAGAGUAACGGCAUCGACUACAUGGAGCUGCGCCUCUGGAUCGGGCUCCACUCCUGCCUGCAGUGCUUCCUGCUGGUGAUCACUGACGCCAGCUACAUCAUCAAAUACAUGACGCGCUUCACCGAGGAGGGCUUCUCCAGCCUCAUCUCCUUCAUCUUCAUCUCCGACGCCAUCAAGAAGAUGAUAGGAGCCUGGAAGUAUUAUCCAAUCAACAGAGGCUUCAAACCCGACCUCGUCACCUCCUAUAAGUGUGACUGUGUUCCUCCAGACCAGGCUUCUGCUCUGGGCUUUAACACCUCAGCUCCGCUCGCUGAUGACAACAUGACGAUGCUGUUCAACAUGACGGACAUGGACUGGAGUCAGCUGAGUAAGAAGGAGUGUGUGAAGUACGGAGGUGUGCUGGUGGGGAACUCCUGUAAAUACGUCCCUGAUCUGGCUCUGAUGUCCUUCAUCCUCUUCUUCGGCACGUACUCCAUGACCGUCUCUCUCAAGAAGUUCAAGUUCAGCCGCUACUUCCCCACAACGCUGCGCUCCUUCCUCAGUGAUUUCUCCAUCAUCAUCUCCAUCCUGGUGUUCUGUGGUCUGGAUCACCUGAUGGGGCUCGACACCCCCAAACUGCACGUUCCCACCGAGAUAAAGCCCACCCGUCCAGACCGUGGUUGGCUGGUGAUGCCCUUUGGAAAGAACCCCUGGUGGUGGUACGUAGCCAGUUCAGUUCCCGCUCUGCUCGUCACCAUCCUCAUCUUCAUGGACCAGCAGAUCAGCGCCGUCAUCGUCAACAGGAAGGAGAACAAGCUCAAGAAAGGCUGUGGCUACCACCUGGACCUGUUCUGGGUGGGGGUCCUGAUGGCAGUCUGCUCCUUCCUGGGUCUCCCCUGGUACGUGGCGGCCACCGUGAUCUCCAUCGCUCACAUCGACUCUCUGAAGAUGGAGAGCGAGUCCAGCGCGCCUGGAGAGCAGCCGCAGUUCCUGGGGGUCAGAGAGCAGAGGCUGACUGGGAUCCUGGUCUUCGUCCUGACCGGAGUCUCCAUCUUCCUGGCUCCUGUUCUCCAGUACAUCCCCAUGCCCGUGCUGUACGGAGUGUUCCUCUACAUGGGGGUGGCCUCGCUGAGCGGCAUCCAGUUCUGGGAGCGGAUCAAGCUCUACAUGAUGCCCCCCAAACACCAGCCGGACUUCUCCUUCCUGCGCCACGUCCCUCUGAGACGAGUUCACCUCUUCACUCUGGUUCAGAUCAUCUGCCUCGCCGUGCUCUGGGUCCUCAAGUCCACCUUCCUCGCCAUCAUCUUCCCCGUCAUGAUCCUGGGUCUGUUGGUGGUGCGGAAGCUUCUGGAUUUCAUGUUCUCUCAGCACGACCUCGCCUGGAUGGACGACCUCCUGCCCGAAAAAGACAAGAAGAAGGACGAUGACAAGAAGAAGAAGAAGAAGAAGCAGCCGGUGGAGCAGCCCGACAGCGACGAGGAGGAGACGAACCCUUACUCCACAGUCACGUCCAAUCACCAUGAACCCAACCAGAGGCUCUCUCUGCACCUGAAGACCACCUCCCCCUCCUCCCUCGCUCCACCUCCCCCCCCGCCUCGCCUACAGCUGGAAUCAAACUCCAGAAAUAACCACCGCCUUUAUACCCUGCUGCAAACACCUGCAAACCACAGAGACUCUCAGCGAAAACCAGCUCUCUUCAGGGACUCGUGUGCCGACACCGAGCUUUAA